GUUAUUAGUUAUUCAACUGGACAAGAGUCAAAAUAAACAUUUGUUAAACAUGAUUAAGUUUUUUGUGAUUGGUGUUCUCAUAUUGGCUACAGUUUCUUCUGAACAUCUUGAUCCUCCGCCUAACCAAAACGCACCAUGCAAAGAUGGCGACACCACAUCUUUUGAUAAUUGUAACAAUUGUCAUUGUUCUGGAGGCAACUGGGCCUGUACUUUGAAGCUUUGCUUUAAUCCUGAUCAAAUAGUUAAAAGAAGUGUACAUGACCCUGAGGCAUCUUGUCGAGACGGCGACGUUACUUCAUUCGAUAACGGCUGCAACAGUUGUAUCUGCGGAAAUGGAAAUUGGGCAUGUACAAUGAAAUUUUGCUUGGAUUCUGAUUCCAGGACUAAAAGACAUGGUCUAACAAAAGAGUGUACUCCAAAUCAAACAAAAAGAGAAAACUGUAAUAAUUGUUUCUGUACUCCAACUGGAAUUUGGAGUUGUACUAAAAUAGGGUGUAAUAAAAAACGUGAAGCUAUUGCUGCCGGUUUUGACGCAAGGAGAAUUCAGUCAGAAGGAGAUUUAUUAGUUCAAAACACCCAACUAAAAUAAAAUCAAUUUACAAAAAUAUUCCAUAGUUUGGAAAGCUGUAGAUAUAUAAAAACGCAAAUUCCAAAUACAAUUGACGCCUUCAUCAUGUAAUGGGCGAUUUGAAACCUAAAAAAUAAAUAUGUAUAUGUAUUUUACAGUUCGCUCAAUGAAUUUGUUAUUACCUGUACAAUUUGGUAAAAGCUUGUGCCAGCAUUGAAUCAUCCUCUUUCAAAAUAUACCUUCUAAAUCCCAAACUAUAAUUUUUGCAAAACAAAAGCCAGGACAUACUGCUCAUACUAAACGGAAAUAAUUCUCGAUCAGUUUUGUUUAAUUUCUUCCACAUUGUUUGAACGUUAUUAUUGUCGAAUUGAAAUUCUUUGGUGCCAAAAAAUGUCACUUUACUGGAAAACUUGAAGAAUUUUCGGUACAACGACACCAACACUGGUUUAUUUCCAGUCAAAAGUGCUAAAGUAUCCAUGAGAAUAGCGGGCACUAUGUGCAAAAUAAACGACAAAAUGUUGCAAGUAAAAUCAUUUGAGGCAUAGAUAAACCUAGGAUACCAUAGAGCUUUGUUUGAUGGUACUCCGAAGGUACAAUUCAGGUAUUUGAAUAAGUCAAAUGUAAUUGGGUUUUCGUUUCGACUCACGUAGUUGUAAACAGUGAUUUCCUUACUAAAAAAAAACAAUUAUAAUAUAAUUAAAAUAGAACUAUGAAACUUUACUCGUAUUUCGUUCCAGCAAUUUCUUUAGCUGAAGAUAUCAUGGCUGCGAUGCACAUAUCAACCGGUACAAUAUCGGCUAUUAAAUUUGGAUCUCCACGCAUCACCCUCAAAAAACCUGUCAUAAGGCCCAAAGCUACACCAUUAACUGCAUAAAUGUUAUCUAUCCAGCCUGGUUUUGGUUCUCUGUAGGUCGAUGUUACUAUGAAAUAACAUAAUGUUACGGAAAUUUAUUUUAUGAAUAGGUACUACUCACUGAUGCUUGGUCUGAAAAUUCCAAUAGGCAUAUUUGCCUUUUCUCUUUUUGCUAAAAUUUCCGCCAAAGCUUUGGUGUAUGUGUAGGUGUUAGGCCAAUUGCCAAUGAUCCUAUAAUAAUGUGAUAAGUGUCAAGUGUUUCAAAAACCAUUAUUAUCUUACUUGUCUCUAACUAAUUCAGCUUUUUCUUUGGACAACAUUUCCAACUCCUUGAUAACAUCAUCAUAAGGAUACUCAUACACUUUUUCUUGUAUGACAGAGUCCUCAAUACAAUUGGAAUAAGCUGUUGAAACGAAUAGAAGAGACUAAAAAAUAAAUCCAUCUAAAAUCUAAGCAAGAACUCAAACAAUUAUUAUACCUUAAGGUGUUUUGUUUCUUUAGCAAUAUUAAUGACACUUCUUAUUCCGUCGAAGUUAAUAUCGAAUGCUGAUUUUAAGUUUUCGUCAAAGUUUACUGAAGCUGCUGCGUGGAAGAUAAUGUUGACAUUGUUGAUGAGCUCAGAUUUAUCUUUGUCUGAGAUGCCUAAGCCUGAAACAGUAGGAUGUUAUAAUAAGAAAUUGAUAUGAACAUUUUUACCUUGAGCUCCACAUUCACCAUUAAUUGUUUUAAUUUUUAAACUAAAAUCGGGAUUUAUUGUUUUGAGAAUGUCGAAGACCUAAAAAGAAUCUCAUUAAACUUGUGGAUUACUAUAUUAAAUAUCUUACAGGAUUUUCAAAUAUUUUCUUUAGCCUCUCGUUAAUGGUCUUGCCUUUUUUUUCUCUCAUCAAAAUGUAUAUCGUAUGCGGUUCAGUUGUACGAAGUAGUUUUUCUAUAAGCGUUUUUCCAACAAACCCCGUGGCACCGGUAAUAAAUAUUUUGGUAUCCUUAUAAAACUCUUUAAUUUCCGACUUUUCCAUUAUGCUUUCUGGCAUUCACUAGACUGAAUUGUGUGAAAAAUUGUGGAUGAGCUAAAACAAUAAUCGGUAUAAAUGUUUAAUGCAUUUUUACGCUUCAUUAUAAUAAUGGAAUAAAGAGUUUCGUCAACAAUGAUUAUUAUUAUUAGCACUAAUUAAAAUGUCUUUGUUUAUUUGUAAAUUUAUGUCCCGUAAUAUUAGGUCAUGCAGAAAAGGUACUAUUUACAUAACGUUUGGGUGCAAUGUCAUAUAUGCACUUAUUAAUCACGAUAAAUCAAUAUAAAAACUGGAAGAUUAUUGAAAAGCUCUUAGUUGGUAUAUACUUACCCAGACAGCACAGAGGCAUGUUAAAAAGUCGUCUCACAUACGUGUGUCUUAAAAGCAUCUCAAAGUCGUCUUAUGUUACAAAACCCAAUAAAUUUCAAUUUGUGUCACAACUUACCUACCUGUACUCCCCCUCCUAAUCACCUAAAUUCAGAGGAAGAAAAGGCAAUACAAAAUUUAUGUGGGAAGUAAGCAGACAUUUCCCAUUAUCCAGACAUGUCUCUGAUCUUUACAAACCAGAUCAAAUACCAUAUUAAAACAAAAGAUGAGAUUCCAGUGCACACCAAGUCAUAUAUUGUCCGUCGUUUUUAAUCUGACACUUUCCGUGUGAGGAGCGAGAGGGUGAAUCAUAUGGCAAAAACAGGUAUGACGUCAGGUGACUAUUGGCUUUCUAACGUAGGGAGCCACCAGCUCACAUUCCUUGGAGAAUCAGAUUGAAAUCGAUGGACUGUAGAUAUCCACAUAUCCAUAAAGAGGAAGUGAAAACCCAGAUUUCUUUCAUUGCGAUUUCACGAACUGUGACUCUGUCACUGCUACUCGUCUGUCACAGUCACGGCCUACUCCAGUCCCACUCAAGUAGCAGUGACAUUUUGUCACGGCCACUUCGAUCUCUAACCGAUACAGUGCGGACUAAACUCAACUUAAAGUGAUGCAAAUAAUGAAAUAUUAUUAUAAAUCACAUUGCGGUGACGCAAAACAGAAACUGCCACUGCAGAGGGCAGACUGGAACAUUCUUCUCUGCCUAGACUGUGAACUGGGCGAACUGCGAUUAUGUAAUGUACCAUUUAUAUAUAUUACCAGCACGGCCAGUCAAGUCAUUGUUAUUUGUUAUCGUAACACGACUGGAGCAGUCACGUCCUGUCACAGUUCCAGUAAAAUCGCAGGUUGGCCCACCUCUAGUUAAAACCAACCCGCACGUGACUCGAUAUUGAAAAAUCGGCCUACAGGGACGAAAAAAUGUAGCAACCCUGGCACAAAAGUUGCAGCAACCCUCACGCAAACGUCAAAAAAUUUGACAUGUCAAAGUCAAAGUAGGCCUUGUAAUUUUUGACAAUUAAUUCAAAAUGGCGACAAUGGCGUUUGUUUAUUUUUUGUUUUGAGAGCCCCCUUUUUUAAUUCGGAGUCUCGUUUUUUUCAGCUAAAUUUAGUGUGUUUUAAGUACAAAGUAGCUCUAAAACCCUCUGAGUUGGACAAGGAAAGAGAUAAAGUAGGAUUAUUUGAAACUAGACAUUUAUGGAUGAAAAUAAAGAAAACUCAAAGCCUCGUACUUAAAAUCGGUUUUUCCGAUCGAAAAAGCACUGGAAAAGCGGAAAAUCCAAAGAAAAUCCCGUAAAAAUUACAAUCCAUAGUCUACUUAAUAAAACUUGAGUUUUUGUCACUUACCCCAUUGGAAAACUGGAAAUUUUUGGCAAAAAAUGAAGGAAAUUCAAAGCAUCGUCUUCUCAAUCGGUUUUUCCAAUUGAAAACGGCCUAAAAAAGCGGAAAAUUCGAGGAAAAACUGGAUAAAAACAUUCAAAAAUGACCGACUGUCAAAACUGGGAAAUGACAUUGUGCGUCGUUGCGACAUUUCAAAUAGGAAAAAAUUACAUUUAAAAUAGUUUUUUGUUUAAAUAAUUAAUUAAUAAUGUUUAUACAAUGAUAAAUUUCGAAAAUAAUGCAUUGGAAUCUUAUUUUUAAUAAAUUUCAAUAAAAAUGAUAUUCCAAGGCCCAGCCCUAUAGCAAGAAAGAUAAAAAGGGAGAUGAAGUAGGAAAAAAUUAAAUCUAAAAAUCGAAGUUUUUGGUAAAAAAAUGAAGCAAAUUCAAAGCCCCGCUUUUAAAAUCAUCUUUUUCUAAUUGAAAAAUCCCUGGAAAAGUAGAAAAUUCAAUGGAAAACCAAUAUUCCAAAGCCUACUUGAAAAAUCAAAGUUUUGGUCACUUACUCCAUUGGGAAACUGGAAAUUUUUGGUGGAAAAUAGAGAAAACUCGAAGCCUCGAACUUUAAAACGAUUUUCCCGAUUGAAAACGGCCUGGAAAAGCGGAAAAUUUGAGGAAAAACUGGACAAAAAUGUAAAAUCGUUAAUUGAAAAUGGCUGACUGUCAAAAAUGGCAAAUGAGAUUUAUUACAAGGUCUACUUGAAGUUGGCUACAAACGAUGUUGCCACGUCACAAAACUUCCAAAAAAAUCAUGUAAAAUGGGAUUCUACUUGUAAUCUAAUAAUUAAAAACCCGUUAAAUAAUAAAACGAUUUUAAUAUUAGAAAUUCCUUAAAUAAAUCCUCAAAAACUUGCUUUUCAAUAAUUUUUUUUUCACUUACCUUUUGACCGUAAAUAAAUGGAUCUAAAACUGGAAAUUUCUAGCAGAAAAUGGAAAAAAACUCGAAGCCUCGUACUUUAAACUAGUUUUUUCGACGGAAAAACCCCUGAAAAAGUGGAAAAUUCGAGGAAAACCUGGAUAAAAAUGUAAACACGACACUUCAAAAUGGCCGACUAAUAAUUUGGUAAUGAGUAUGACAAAGAGAGAGAUAAAGUAGGAUACUAUUUUAGUCUAAAAAUGGAAGUUUAUGGUGAAAAAUUGAAGCAAAUUUAAAGCCCUUCAAUCAAAACAGUCUUUUUCCGAUUGAAGAAGCCUUGGAAAAGUGGAAAAUUCAAUGAAAAACCAACAUUCGAAAAAUCCUUGAAAAACCGGAAAAUUCAAGGAAAAGCUGGAUAAAAACACUCGUCUGUCAAAAGUGGCAAAUGCGACAUUACAUUACAAGGCCUACUUGAUCGAAAACAGCGUUGCCACAAUUACAAUCUCAAAUAGAAUGUUUUUCAUUUCAUUUUCCAACAAAUAAAAAAAAAUCAUUUUUAAUGUUAAUUUGAUUGUAUUUUCAGCAAAAAUAGUAAGACAAAGAAGUAGAUAAGGUAGGAUACAUUUGUAAAAACAACAAAUACGGUUAUAAAUGAGUGAAACAAAGAAGAAGAUAAAGUAGGAUGCACUUCAAGUACUCAAUUUUAGAGAUGGGUUGCGAUUUCACGAACUGUGACUUUUUCACUGCUUCACCGAUGCAGAUGCAGCGCGGACUAAACUCAAGUCAAAGUGAUGCAAAUAAUGAAAUAUUGUAAAUCGCAUCGCGGUGACGCCAAACAGAAAUUGCUACUGCAGAGGAGGGCAAACUGGAACACCUCUCUCGGCUGUGACUGCAAACUGGGUGGACUGCGAUUAUAUAAUGUAGCAUUUAUAUGUAUUACCAGCAUGGCCAAUCAAGGUUGAACUGUUCCAAAAAAUCACUGCUAUUUAUCACCGUGACACGACUGGAGCAGUCACGUCUUGUCACAGCUCCAGUAAAAUCGCAGGUUGGCCCACCUCUACAAACCAUAGUCACCUUGGUCUUCCCCGAUAUGGAUAGUUCCAAAAAAACCAGACGCCUCCGGAAAAAUAAAAUGGCGAAUAGUAGUGGACUAAAGGAAAAUAAACGAGAAAAGUAUCCACGAUAAAUACCCAAUUCCAAACAUAACAGACAUUUUGGACAAAAUUGGUAAAUGCCAGUACUUCACGACUCUGGAUCCGGCAAGUGGUUUUCACCAAAUCGAAAUGGCUAAUGAAGAUAGAUAUGCAAAACUGCUUUCAAUGUCAAAAAUGGCCAUUACGAGUAUGUUCGGAUGCUGUUUGGCCUAAAAAAUGCUCCAGCAACGUUUCAGAGGGUAAUGGAUAACGUUUCAAAAGGCCUCCAAGGAGAAAAUUGCUUAGUGUACAUGGACGAUAUCAUUGUGUAUUGUGUUCAGCACAUCACUUCAUGAGCAUCUGGUUUAUCUUUCAAAAAUCUUUCCACGUCUCAGAGAAACUGGAUUCGAAAUUCAAAUGGACAAAUGCGAGUUCCUAAAAAAGGAAAUUGCCUUUCUUGGACAUAUUGUAACCAAAUCCGGCUAAAAUGAAAGCCAUACUUGACUAUCCAAUACCGCCAACCACGAAGGAAAUUCUAGGAUUUCUAGGCCUCCUUGAAUAUUACAGGAAGUUUAUCAAGGACUUCGCAAAAAUUACUAAACCUCCAAUUUCCUGCCUUAGAAUUUUUGAACUGAAUUAGAAUUUGCAAAAUUUUACUGACAAAUUAACGUCUUCUACAAUAUCCAGACUUCAGCAAGUCUUUUAAUCUAACCUAAUGACAUCUUUAACACUAAGACAUUCUAAAGACAUCUUCAACGACAUUUCUUUCUUUUCAAUGCAUAAACCGUUAUUAACUUUUAGGUCUGGUAGUACCCAAUAGCUAUAUUUGAGAUGUAAAUCUACGACAAAAAGAUGUUUUCUGACUAUCUGGGUGCUCAAUUAUUGACCUUCAUCGUACAUCGUCAGUGUAUCUAAUUUGCCUACAAUAACAUCAAAAACACGCAUUAAUCGGAAUAUCAUAACAAACAGGUGGAAAUAUUGGUGAAAUAAAAUUGAGUUUAAAAACAAAAGAAAGCAAAGUUAAUAGAAUAAUAAGGUUUACAACAAAGUUAAAAAGCAUAACAGAGACAUAAGAAAAAUUCUUGAGAAAUGUCACAAAAGAUAUCUUAAUCCAGUAUUGAGUAAUUUUUCCAAACUUUAUUGUCUAGAUCCUAGAAUUCCACAUCCUUAUGCGUAUGAAAUAGAAGAUAAAAGGAUAGAAAAAUGAGCCGAAGGUAAAAACGCUGAAAGGAGCAAGAAAAAAAGCAGAAAGAAAGGUAGAAAAGGAUCUUUGCUAUAAUGUUAGAAUCUUGGAAAAUAACAAUGAAAGGACAAGAAAAGAAAAGUGAAGGAAAAAGGCUGAAAUAACCGAGAAAAAACUAGGAAAAAGAUCGCUUUAUAUUUGCCCCUUAAUUGAAAUAAUACAUCUUUCAUUGAAAAAUAUUAGAACUAAUUUAUUUCCAAAUCAAAUAAAAUACAUUACUAAAAUCGAAUAAAACAUUAAAAUACAUAAGUAAUUAUUAGUCAAAACAAAAAGUAAGGGAACAUAGCUUGGAUACUUUCGAAUGCGUCCGCUCCAGGCCAGUGGUUUUCCAUUUGAAUUACAAUAUCGAUAAAAACGUAGAUAAAUAAAAAGGAAAUUGAAAAUUGAAACAAAUAAAUCACCACGUCCGCUAUGGCCGAUUCUAUUUGUUGUACUGAAAAUAGUACCAUAGACACCAUUAUAUCUUCGGUGAAAAUUAAACGGUAAACGGCGAUGAGGAACAGAAUUACUAAGUGGAUCAUUUUGUGAUUUGAUUUCUAAAAAAAAAGCAUUUUGUUAGUAAAUAAAGAUUUUUACAGAAAAAUAUGUACCUACUUACCCUAUAUUUCAAUACACAAAACUAUAUUAAGUGCAAAAUAUUGCACGUGCUUCUCUAAUGAUAAACUAUUCAAAAGUCAGUCUUUUAAAAGGGCCUUUUACAGGUAAAAUUUACAUAAAUUUCAUUUUUCAGGUACAAAGUAAUUACCAUUUAAACUUAAUGGUAGCGAUAUCCUUUGCCCGAAUUCACUUGCUGUUUCUCGCUCAAGCCUAAAGAUGGCGAUAUUAAACUAAAGUACCUGAAACUUCACAGAUGGCGUUAUAAGAUUUAAUUAACCAGAAAAAGACGCGGUAAUUUUCCGCAUUAAAAAAGGGCUCAGGCAUAUUAAUUACUGCAUUUCGCUGUAUAUAAAUUAGACACAAACCACACAUCAUCUUGUCUCAUAAAUUCAUCAUCCGAACAAAACUUCGAGAGAAAGGAAAUAAAAAAAAAUGGCGUUUUGAGUUAUUAGGGCGAUUUGUUUUGUUUACUCUGAAUAUCUCAGGGCAGAACUUAGAAUAUUGUUUUAAUGAUGAUGGCAUAGUAGGUAAAGGUUUGCUACAAUACUUUUUAAAGAAGACAAUCAUUGAAGAAUCUGUGAGCAUAUUUCUUAGGUUUUUUCUUAUGAGCCACACAAGCAAUAUGGGCAAACCAUGUAAUUUAAAAGACUGUCAACGUUCAAAAAAGGCCAAUAUUGAAUUCUUGUUGUAGAGAAUUUUUGCAGCACAAAUUACUGUCAGGUUGAACAGUUUGUGUAUGUUUGUUACCUACACACAGUUAAGAAACAAAUCUUAACUUCAUUUUCAUUUUUGGUGUGAAAACGAUUCUUCCACAAGUUUUUCUUUAUUUGCCUGAUGAAUGAUGAUAAUG